AUGGAGCCCGGAACUGGUGGACCAAGUCGACUCCAGUGGCAGCACCCUGCUCCACUUCGCGUCGUCCAACGGCGACCUCACCAUCGUGCGCGCAAUCCUGAGCACCGCGCCCCGACGCGAACGAUGUAUAAGAAGGAUUCGGGCGGUCAGUCAGCUCUUCACGUCGCGGCGCGAAUGGGCCACGCCGGCAUAGUGGUGGAAAUGGUACGGAGAUGCCCCGACGCUAUCGAGCUCCGUGACGACGACGGCAGGACCUUCGUGCACACCGCGGCCAGGGAGAAGCGCUCCAACGUGGUGGCUCUAGCCACCACUACCGCCUUCCAGCGCGGCCACCUAGACACGCAGGAUAGGGACGGGAACACGCCGCUCCACCUCGCUGUGGCUGCGGGCGCGCACAGCGUCGUGAAGGACCUGCUCCGGAAGGGCAAGGUGAGGACCAACGUCCUGAACAACGACGGGAACACGGCUUUCGAUCUCGCCGCGGGAUCGACCAACUUCUUCACCAUGGUAAGCCUGGUGGUGACACUGGUCGCCUACGGGGCGCAGCUCCGGCCGCAGAGGCAGGACCACCUGAAGCCGUGGAGGUGGAGCGGCGGCAACGACGCGGCUACGGCGGCGGGGUGGCAGGGGAUAGACAAGACCUCCGACAGCCUCGCCCUAGUAGCCGUGCUCAUUGCCUCCUCCGCGUUCGCCGCAGGGUUCAACCUGCCCGGCGGGUACAACGGCACCACGGGCGAGGCCACCCUCGCUCGCAAGUUCUUCUUCAAGUGGUUCCUCUGCCUGGACACCGUGGCGGUGGCGACGUCCGUGGUCGCCGUGGUCCUGCUCGUCUACGGCAAGGCGUCGCGCUCGGCGGGCUCGUGGAAGAGCUUUGUGCUGGCGCUGCACUGCAUGUGGGUGUCGCUCGUGAGCCUUUUGCUGGCCUUCUUCGCGGCGCUGACAGCCGUGGUGAGCGCAAGAGAGGCCUUCUUCUACGUGCUGUUGGCGAUCUACACGGCCAUCCAUUUCCUGACCAUGUUCAUCGUCAAGUGGAUCGGGCCUCACACUGGGGUACGCACAGUCUGGAGGUUUCUACGUCAGUACAAGCGAUUGAAAGCACCGCACGUCAUCAAGCGGCAGUAUCCGCUCGCCGGCGCUAUCGUUCUCAACUUGAUUGUGUUUUGGGUUACAAGUUUAUCAGCGUACGUCGUUAUUCUUUUUAUACGUGCAAAGUCCGACAGCGAGGUGGUGCGACUGGCCACCUCACCUGCACCUUCUCCCCUUUAG